AUGGAGAAGACUGGGAAAACAGACAGUUUAAACUGUUCUAAAAAAGUAGUAAUACGUAGAUAUGAGGGCCUCAAUGAGCAGGAGGUGCAGAGGAUUUUCUCAGAGGGGAUGGAGGAGAUGGUGACAGACACAGCUGUCAGAGGUUUAAGACACCAUCCAGAGAGUUUGCUACUCUAUUUGGCCAUAACAGUGUCAUGCCUGUGGGUUUCCUGGUGGGUGAUAGUACUUCUUCCAGUGGCUAUACUUUACGCUCGCUACUUCUACAGUCUGAGAACAACCAACAGUUGCACCAAGCGCGCCCUCAGCACAGACAUGGCCGAUAUCGAGCACUUUUAUAUGAAGGCACCAGGCUCAUGCCUAUGGGUGGCGCUACUGGACGGUGCAGUGGUGGGGUUGGUUGCAGCCAUGCAGAGGUCCCCGGAAGUGGUGGAGCUGAAGAGGAUGUCCGUGGACCGUAGAUACCGUUGCUGUGGCAUUGGUAUGGCACUAGGGCGGAAAGUUCUGGACUUUGCAUCGGCUCAAAAGUACUCCAAAGUCAUUCUGGGAACUACGAACUACACAUCAGCUGCUCAUAACCUGUACAGACGCCUUGGAUUUCACUGUGUGGGUGUUACAAAUGGUUACCAUGCUGAUUCAACUGGGCCUGGACCAUCUUUGUUAGAACGACUUUUCUACAGGGUCCGUCACCAUCACUAUGAACUAAAAGUGCAACAUAAGGAAAAUAUGGACUAA